CCGUGUCCGGCGUUCCUGCCUCGUAAGAAUGUCGGAAAUGUCGGCUAUGAACAGAAAGGUGCUACAGACUCUCGCCGAGGGGAUCUCUAAGCAAGUGGAGCACUUCAGUAAAUCGGAGGCCGAGUGCCUUAUCCGGGAGUUUACCGUGCUCCUCGGGGAGCCUGCUACCCCGGGAAGAGCAGUCACGGGCCUGGACAGAGGGAAGUUCAGGAGCAUCCUGCACAACAUCUUUGGGAUGACAGACGACAUGAUCAUGGACGGAGUCUUCAGGACAUUUGACAAAGACAAUGACAGCUUUGUGAGUAUAAAAGAGUGGAUUGAAGGACUGUCUGUUUUCCUUCGAGGAACCUUGGAUGAAAAAAUAAAAUACUGCUUCCAUGUGUACGACUUGAAUGGUGACAAUUACAUCUCAAGGGAGGAGAUGUUUCACAUGCUGAAGAACAGCCUCAUCAGACAGCCCACAGAGGAGGACCCUGACGAAGGAAUCAAAGAUCUGGUGGAGAUCACACUCAAGAAAAUGGACCAUGACCAUGAUGGUAGGCUGUCUUUUGCUGACUUUGAAAAGGCAGUGAGAGAUGAGAAUCUAUUACUUGAAGCUUUUGGAACCUGCCUUCCUGACACCACGAGUAUUGAGACAUUUGAGCAGCAUGUAUUUCAGGAACAUCUGGAAUCAUGAAGAAUCAUAUUCAUGUGAAUUUUCAACUGCGCCCUCUUUAAUAGAAAG